AUGCUUGACCUCUUCGAUCUGAACGGUCAGACGGCUCUGAUCACGGGCGGAGCUCGCGGCAUCGGCCAAGCUAUUGCUAUAGGAUUGGCCGAAGCAGGAGCUGACAUUAUCCUGGUCCUUAGAAACACAUCUCAAACUCAGACCAAGUUGGCGAUUGAGGCACUGGGUCGAAGAUGCUGGACUUACGAAGCCGACUUGGGCAAUGCCGACGCUGUGAGCCAUAUCAUCGCCACUGUCACGGCCCAACACAGUUUCGAGAUCCUAGUCAAUGUGGCCGGUAUCCAACGACGCAUCGCGGCACAGGACUUUCCCCAAGCGGUGUACGAUGAGGUCUUGCAGGUAAAUCUCGGUUCAACGUUUAUCUUGUGUCGCGAUACUGGCAAGUACUGGCUGCAACAUGGCAUCCAAGGGCGAAUUGUCAACACUGCUAGUUUGUCGUCCUUUCAAGGUGGGAUCAACAUGGCAGCAUAUUCGGCCAGUAAGGGUGCCGUACUUCAACUCACAAAAGCCUUGAGUAAUGAAUGGGCUUCUCGAGGAAUCAGGGUCAAUGCGAUUGCGCCGGGAUAUAUUGCCACUGAUAUGAAUGUUGAUACACGAACAAACCAAGACACCACAUACUUCGACUCUAUUACCACACGAAUUCCGCAAGGACGAUGGGGAACACCUGAGGAGUUCAAAGGCCCAGCAGUCUUCUUGGCCAGUCGAGCCAGCUCUUAUAUCACUGGGGAAACGAUUGUGGUUGAUGGAGGAUGGAUGGCUCGCUAA